GGGUUUUCGGACCCAGUGGAUGGUGUUGUAGGAAAUGCGCGAUGGAAGGUUUGAUUUGUGCAAGUAUGAGGUCCCCCCUUCUGGCACCUCUUCUUUUCUCCCUGAUCCUGGCACCAGGGAGGGGAGUCUCAGGGGAGGAGGUGGACAGGAGGCCAAACUUUGUUCUGAUGAUAGCAGAUGACCUGGGCAUCGGUGAUGUAGGGUGCUACGAUAAUGAUACCGUCAGGACCCCUAACAUCGACAGACUGGCUUCUGAAGGGGUGAAGCUGACUCAGCACAUUGCAGCUGCUCCUCUCUGCACUCCGAGCCGGGCUGCUUUCAUGACGGGGCGUUACGCAGUCCGUUCCGGAAUGGCUGGCACAGGCCGGGUCCAGGUGCUGGUGUUCUUAGCAGGUUCGGGUGGCCUGCCACCCAGUGAGACCACCUUUGCUAAAAGGCUACAGCAACAAGGAUACACCACCGGCCUAGUGGGCAAGUGGCACUUGGGUGUAAACUGUGAACGCAGAGGGGAUCACUGUCAUCACCCAAACCAACACGGCUUCAGCUAUUACUACGGCCUGCCGUUUACCUUGUUUGGUGCCUGUGUGCCCAGACUGGGGAUGGGUGAUAUCCUGACAGACAUGGAGCACACACUCCGCAAUCUGACCAUUAUCUUGGGAGUCGGCCUUUUUACACUAGUGUUGGUCCGUGUGCGUGGCCUCUUUGAAGUACGCUGGUGGCUUCUGGUAGGGCUCCUUUUUCUCAGUAUCCUAGCAACUGCACUGUGGUAUGUGCCCUUCAAACUCCUGCCCACCUGGAACUGCAUUAUCAUGAGGAACCAAGAAGUGAUAGAACAGCCAAUGACAGUGGAGACUCUGCCCCAGAGGUUGUUGGGAGAAGCACAGAAUUUUAUAAAGAGAAAUGCCAAUCGUCCAUUCCUUCUGUUCUUCUCUUUGGCCCAUAUCCACACACCCCUCUUCGAAACACCUGCCUUUGUAGGCAAAGGUCACCAUGGCCUCUACAGCGACAACCUAGAAGAAAUGGACUGGAUCAUUGGUAAAAUGACAGAGACGGUGGAUUCCCUCGGCCUAGCCAACAAUACUUUGAUGUACUUUGCAUCGGAUCAUGGUGGACACCUAGAGGAAUCUCACCCGCUAAUUGGCCAGACAGGUGGCUGGAACGGCAUCUACAAAGGUGGGAAGGCUAUGGGGGGCUGGGAAGGAGGAAUAAGGGUACCUGGGAUUUUCCGCUGGCCUGGCAGACUGGCAGCUGGGAGAGUAGUGGACGAACCCACAAGUCUUAUGGACCUGUAUCCUACAUUGAAGUACUUAGCCAAGGACACACAACCAGACAGACAUUUGGAUGGCUAUAACAUCAUGCCACUGCUGGAAGGGAAAGUAGAGCGAUCAGAGCAUGAAUUCAUGUUCCACUACUGUGGCGUCUACCUGCAUGCAGUUCGCUGGCACCCACCUGGCAGUGACUCUGUCUACAAGGUGCACUUUUUCACUCCCAACUUUUUUCCCCCUGGAGCUGGUGCAUGCUAUGACACUAAGAUCUGCCUAUGCCACGGAGAACAUGUGACGCACCACAAUCCACCGCUGCUGUAUGACCUCUUCCACGACCCCUCAGAGUCCCGCCCACUGACCCCUGAUACUGAGCCGAAUUACACUGAAAUCCUUGAGCAGACCGCCAAAGCUGUGAAGAGGCAUCAAAGCACCUUCAUGAAUAAACAGACAUCUGACAAUACUCUUCCACAUACCAAUGCAGAUGCACACAGCAUUCAAAACCAGAUGACUUGGGAGAAAGUUCUUUGGAGACCAUGGCUUCAGCCCUGCUGUGGGACCUUUCCGUUCUGUGGCUGCAAAGAGGACAUGACACAUAUUUAAGAGACAUAUUCACCAGACACUCUUGAGGCCUUAAAGAGCCCAUGGCAUGCUCAUUUCCAGCCAUUUAAUGUUUACUCUUGGGUACCUCUAGAUUAGCUUUGCACCCAUCAUAACUCCACAAAAAGGCUAAUUAUUUCUGAAUCCGAGCGGUGUUCUGUUAUUGGACUUCUGUGCUAGUCACAGUUUGUCCAUAACGAACACCAUGUUCAAGCAUAAGGCUGUCCACCAGUGCACGUAGCACCAGGACACCCUAGGCCGGAGGUCGAUGAUUGACUUUGUGGUUGUUUCA